AUGGUGGCAACUAUUGAACGAAAUUUACCUUUAUCUAAUUCAAUUGACAAAGCUCAACGACAUCCUUUAUCAUCCAGUAGUAAAAUUUUACGAAUAAAUUCAACAAGCACUAAAAAACAGUAUCCGGAUGAAUCCAGUGUCAAUAAAUUGGAAGCGUUGAAAUCCAGAAAAAAACCCAGUGAAAAAGUACGACGACAAGAGGCAAAAUAUGUUCCAGAAAACAAUGAUGAUAAAUUGCGAAAAUUAAUAAGUGAUAAAAUUCCUAGUAAAUACAUUAUCAAUAAUUCAAUUGAUAAGACUGGACAAUCAUCGAUGGUUGCAAGAAGUUCAAAGUCAAACUAUCAAAAUUUGAAAACAUCGAAAUUACUACUUUCCUCAUUUCUUCCAUUACCGGAAGUUUUACCAGUAUCUUCAAGUCAUGUCGAUGAAUACGACUAUAAAGAUGAUUUCGAAGAUUAUUCAGACGAUUUUGAAGAAGAAAGUGAAAUUGAUAAUGAUAAAAAUGAAAGUUUAGAUAGGGAGAGUAUUGAAGAAAGAAGUAAAAAAGGUGAGCAUGAUUCGGAUGUAACAAGUAAUUUAAUCAUUUCACGUAUCGGAACUUCUGACAAGGAUCCGUUAAUUGAUAUGACACGAAAUGAAUCGUAUGAUAAUUCACCUCUUUUACAUCGUAUAAUGAAUCGUCGGCAAUCUGAUAAUAAUUUUCAACCUUCACAGGUGCAAUCCGCGGAUUAUUCCGGUAUUGUCCAACGGAAAAUUGAUUUCGCAAAUGCUACAACAAUAAAUUGGGAAAAAAUAUCAUUGGUUGAAAAACGUUAUAAAAUGUUGAAAAAUUUAAUUGGAAUGGAAAUUGUACAAUUUGAUCUGUUGGAUCAUCAUCCAAUUCAUGCAUACGAUUUCUAUGUGAAAAUAUUUGGUAAUGCUAAUUACAAUCAGGUGCAAACACAGACAGGUGACGAUGAAUUGGAUUGUUAUAUUCAAACAGAAGAAGUGGAUAAAGAGACUGUUUGGACACAAAUACCGUAUUCGGAUCCUCAAGGCUGGGGUAUAGUGAAUAUUUCGAAUGGUACUGAUUAUCAUGAUGAACGUUACGAUAUUGAUGACCCUGAAAGCAAACUUUCAAAAAUCAAUCAUUUUGAAAUGGAAAAAUUUCGAAAGUUUAUUUCUAUUGCUGGACAGGUUUUUAUCGAUAUGAUGCAAUCAACAUCGAACUAUGCAACCAAAUUAUCAUUGGAAUAUCAUUCAUCGUUUAAAUUCAGUACGGGCUAUUGCAAAUUUUCUCUGGGUAAUCUUGUAAAUUCUGCUAAAGUUACAAGUAUGCUACAUCGAGAGAAUCGAUUAUUUGUAGCAUUUUAUGUUGAACAAACAUCAAAUGAUAGUAUUAUCAGUCGAAGUGUUAUCGUUGAAUUCGAUAUUUGCAUACCGCAUAUCCCUGAAAAAAUUUUACUUUGUCAUAAUGAAAUACGAUGUCUUUGUAUAUCACCAGAUGGUACUAGUGCUAUAUUUGUUGGCCUGGCAAGUUAG